AUGGACCAUGUGGGAGUUGUUUGCCUGCCUGGCGAUGUGAUAAACAAUAUUAAAGAAUCAGAAGCUACAAAAAAGGCGUUUGUCGGUCCAGGAUUACGACAGGAAGGAGAAACUGUAGUUGUCUGCAAACCUGGCAUUUUAAAAUUUAGAGAGCCUAACGUUUAUUGGAUCGAUAGUCACGAAAAAAGGUAUGUACCAGUGAAAGGUGACUUCGUCAUUGGUAUAGUUACGGCCAAAGCUGGAGAUAUCUUUCGAGUAGAUGUGGGAGGCAAUGAGCUUGCUACUUUGUCCUACCUUGCUUUUGAAGGUGCUACUAAGAAAAACAGACCUGACGUCAAGGUUGGAGAUAUCCUCUACGCACGUUUCCUGAUUGCUAACAAAGACAUCGAGCCAGAGCUGGUGUGUAUUGAUGGACAGGGUCGCAGCAGUGGGAUGGGUGUCAUCCGGAAUGGAGGCUUCUUGGUUCACUGCUCCCUCAAUCUAGUCAGGAAGAUUCUACACCCAAAGUGUGUGCUAGCCAAAACACUCGGCAAACAAAUGCCAUACGAAAUAACUACUGGGAUGAAUGGCCGAGUGUGGGUCAAAGGUCAAUCCAUGAAGGAGACGAUAGCGAUAGCUAAUGCUGUGACCGCGGCAGAACACAUGACAAACAAUGAGAUACGAGCCAUGUGUAAGAAACUAGCUGACACCCUGGUGGGAUUCUAAUACAAGUUUGUCUAUAGAGAUGUAAGAAGACACGAGUUACAGAAUGCACUGGUUGGUUGUUGAAGGCAUUGAGUUCUGAUGUCGGAGUGUAUGUUGACCUCUGUAAGAUGAGAAACAACCAUCAAGAUAGACCUGGCUUGCACAUACAGAAUAAGAGUUCUCAUCUGAAUACCUGUAUAGCUGUGUAAAAGAAACAAAACCUAGUUAAAUUAGUUAAAAUUAUAUUUAUUCCAAUGCAUGAAGACGGUGGCAAAAUGCAUUCACAGGAUUGUGAUAGUAAAACCUGUGUCAUAGUGGAAAGUCAUCUGAUUUCACAUUUUAUUACAUCAAGUCAUUUUAAAUGUCUUUUUUAACAAAUGGCAGGUUUAAUGAUUUGCAAAUCCCCAGUAAUGCCCUUUAAUCCUAUUUCAAUUUUUUUUGUUAUGUCAUCAGUAUAAGCCAGACUUUGAAGAACAAGUUCUGUUUGAUACUCAUUAUGAGACAAUUUGUAAAUAUCAUAAUUUAAGAACACAUCCCAAAACAAAGUGUAUUUUAAAAAAUUAAAUUCACCAGUGAUGUCUCUGCACUCAUUUGUAAUAUUAUGACAAUUACAGAUACUUAAUUAGUUUUUUCCACAAGAUUAUACCCCCACCACCACCAAAAUUAAAAAAAGGAAUAAAAAAUAAAUUAAUUGAA